AUGUCGUCUGAUACAAAACAGCAAAAGAAUGUCAAAUUCGGGCAUCUGCCUCUUUCUACAUCCGGGCCUCUAGAGACCAGACUGUACGACGGCAAUGCACUUCUCCGGACGCCGUACUUCAACAAGGGCUCAGCCUUCACCAAGGAAGAGCGCGACACAUUCAAGCUCCAUGGCCUCCUCCCCACCAACAUCCAGACCCUCGACGAGCAGGUCAAACGCGCAUACGCCCAGUACAACUCCCGACCGAGCGACCUUGCGAAGAACACCUUCAUGACCAGCCUGAAGGAACAGAACGAGGUGCUAUACUACAGGCUUAUCCUCGACCACCUCAAGGAAAUGUUCUCUGUUAUAUACACCCCUACCGAAGGCGAGGCCAUAGCCGACUACUCCAAAAUCUUCCGACGGCCCGAAGGUUGCUUCCUAAACAUCGACGAUGCAGACCGCGUCGAGGACGACAUGAAGCAGUGGGGGAAUCCCGAGGAUAUCGAUGUGAUUGUCGUGAGCGACGGUCAACAGAUUCUGGGAAUUGGCGAUCAAGGUGUAGGAGCUAUCUUGAUCAGCAUCGCCAAGCUCGUUAUCUACACGCUAUGUGCUGGAAUACAUCCUUCGCGGACGCUGCCUGUAGUACUUGACUGCGGCACCGAUAACAAAGAUCUCCUCGACGACGAGCUAUACCUUGGUAUACGGAAAGAGCGAGUCUUUGGCGAGAAAUACGAUGACUUCGUCGACAAGUUUGUAAAGGCUGCAAGGAAGCAUUACCCUAAAGCGUACAUCCACUUCGAGGAUUUUGGACUGAACAAUGCACGAAGGAUCCUAGAUAAGUACACACCUGAGAUCGCAUGUUUCAACGACGAUGUACAAGGGACCGGUUGCGUGACGCUCGCAGCGAUCAUGGCAGCUUUUAAAGUGAGCGGAACCAAAUGGGAAGAAGCUCGCUUUGUCAUGUUCGGCUCAGGAUCAGCGGGUACGGGAAUUGCAGAUCAGAUCCAAGAUGCUAUCGUCCAAAACACCGGAAAAUCCAAAGAAGAAGCCGGGCGCCAAAUCUGGUGCGUCGAUAAACCCGGUCUUCUCUUACAGGGUAAAAAGGACCAACUUACUCCAGCCCAGCUUCCGUUUGCGCGGGACGAUAAGGAGUGGGAGGGCAAAGAGCACGGCGAUCUGCUGUCCGUCAUCAAGGAAGUAAAGCCGCACGUGCUCAUUGGUACCUCGACCAAGCCUGGGUCCUUCUCAGAAGACGUCGUUCGAGAAAUGGCAAAACAUGUCGAACGCCCCGUCAUCUUUCCACUCUCAAACCCAACCAAGCUCCACGAAGCCAAGCCGCAAGAUCUGUAUGACUGGACCGAUGGCAAAGCGCUGGUUGCGACAGGUUCGCCAUUCCCGCCGGUUAAGCACAAUAGCAAGGAGUACGAUAUCUCUGAAUGCAACAACUCGGUGACAUUCCCUGGUAUCGGCCUCGGCGCAGUUCUCUGUCGAGCCCGUCUUAUGACUCCCGCUCUCCUCGUUGCAGCUGUCCAAGCCCUCGCUUCGGCAGCUCCUGUUCUCAACAACCGUGGAGCCGGCCUGCUUCCAGAUGUGGAAGACGUUCGUGAGAUCAGCGUUCAAAUAGCGAGGAACGUGAUCAAGAAGGCUAUAGAGGAUGAUCUAGCUCAAGAGAAGGACAUACCAAGUGACGAUGCAGAGUUAGAGGAAUGGAUCAGAGAACAGAUGUGGGAAGCAGAAUACCGUCCGUUAAAGUUGGUGGAAGAGAGCAACGCAACUGCGCAUGCAAGAGGAGAAGCAGGAACAGCGAGCGGACAGAGAGAGGCGAAGCACUGA